UAGUCUACCUUCCGCUGCAUGGUAAUAGGUUUAUUUCUAUCGUUUGUCUUCAUAACUUCCAUGUUUUGAAGACUUUCAUAAAAAUCGCCUAUUCACCCCUCCUCUAGUCGAUAUAACGCACUUUCAGCACUGUCAACAGGGGCAAUUCCUGUAACUAUACCUACAAAUGAAGACAGUACAGGAGCUGUGGAUCCAGCGCCUCAUGUAUCGCCUGCCAACACACUAACAACAGCUCCAGGUAUCAAUAACCAUGGAGAUCGUGGCCCACAUCCGACAGAUCAAGAUGUAAUCCCAGCCCCAGAGUAUGGAAGUGGCACACAAGUGAGUGGUGGUACGAGGCGACGCCUAACUCGCGAAGAGUUGGGCAAGCUGCCAAUGGAUGAAGUAUGUUGUGAACCACCAGCAGCUAAGAUAACCGGAAAUGAGGAUUAGAUAGAAAGAGACGGCAUGCUGGCAUGGGAGAUGCACCGCGCUGAAUUGGAGGCUAAAUAUCCUUUAUCACGCGGAGGGGGUGGCGUUGGGAUUACCAAUCAAUCAGGCAGAGACAAAAACAGAGGUAUCAACAAUAUUAUUGGAGGCUUGUCCAUGCCUACGCUAACAACAAGCCCUGAUGCAGUUGUAACAGCAGAAGCGGUUGACCUAAUCCAACAGCCUGUUCCAUCGGUAAAAGCUGAGCACACCGGAGAUAGGGUCCUAUUUGAACCACCAAUGGCAGGAACUGCUCCAGUUGGAAUUCUGACAGGACAUGUGCACAAUGACGUGUCGACAGGGCACGAUCCUACUCCACGAGUGGCUGACACUGACGAUGCUUACGCGUUACGCCUACAAGCUGAAGAAUAUGUUGUUGAUAUUACAUCUACAGUAGCUAACGCGGGGGGAUUGGAACAAAAUGCCAAUGUUCUUUCAGAACAAAUAGAAUCUCCAAUUCACAACAAUGAAUAUGAAGGAGAAGAGCCAUUCAUUGAUGACUCAACAAGUGGAGACGCGUUUGGUUCAUACUCUGAUAGUCCUUCACGCGGUGACGAUUUCGAUUGGGAUGCAUACGUGGAGGAUUUGGAGUCGAACCUGCAGCAUGAGCAAACCCAACAAGAGACAGCUGACCACAGAUUGGCUGAAAAUCUCCAGGCGUUGUAUGAGGGGAACGGAAUAGUGGCAGUGGGGUCAAGUCCAAGCGAUGGACAAAGCAUCAUAGAACAUGAAGGCGCCGGUGACGGGACCAAAACAAAUGAAGAAGAAAGGCACAAUAAUAUGAACAACAGCUCUAUACCUAUGAGUAGCACUCCUGUGCCAGGAGGCGCAACACAUGAUGUUGUUCCAACCAUCAGCCCAGAGUAUGUCCUGGAGCGCAGUGCUGAAGAGAACAGAGCUAGCUAUUUGCCCAGAAGGAUGGUCACUUUCGAUGAACACUUGGAGCACACCCACCAACAACGCAGGGGGACAGGUGAUGAGGCGAUUGCUAAUGACGGAGGUGUGCUGCUGUUGGGACGGCACACUACACACCAUGCAGCAUUAGCACGGAAUGUGAUCCCCUCAGUCCGUGAACGAGGAGAGAGCUCAGCUGGUCCAAUGCAUCAUCAACCAAGAAGAUGGGACGAUGGGGUGCAAGCAAUGAAUGCUGAACUUAACAGAGGCCAAGAUCCCCCAAACGUUAGAAUUCAGUGGGGUGAAAGAUUCCCAAGGCACGUCGGCUUGUCACAUGACGAGCCACCCCCACAAUCUGUCCUGCGCUUCUAUGAUGAAAUGUUGACAGGGAGCGACAUGAAUCUUUCAAGGAAGUGGUUCCGUCACUUUGUGUUCCGUGUUGCGGUGAUGUCUGGGCACGACAUACAACAAGAAUUCAGGCAUGGGGGCAAGAUAAGCCGUGUGGGAUGGAGGUGCAUCUACAAGAUGCUCUUAGAGAAGGAGCGCAGGAUGUACAAGGACUGGCUGGACCGAUGGAGGGUUUUCUUCGACCCAGUGUUUGCGGAUGAGCUCCUGAACCAUGAGUUCGACAUUGAUCUGGACCUGAUAAGGGAGAUGCUAAGCCAAAAUCAUGUAGGGUGCAGAGCUGACUGGGCAAAAAUGGUAAGCUGUCCUAUCUUUAUCACUUCUUACUUCGCAUAUUCCUUAUCAUGUCAUGUUCCACUCCUGUGCAAAAAUGAUUCUACUGAAAGAAAUUCCACUCCUAUGCAGUUUAUGUUCCCUGUGUGGCUUGCACGUACCUGGUCUCUCUAUGUGCUUGACAUAGAUCAUAAGAAAAUCUUGGUGAUGGACCCUAUGGAGACCAUGAGCGGUAACAUGAAGCUGAAGCAUGAGGAGAGUGCGAAAUUGUUUCUUAAAGGGUUCUGCUGGGAAAACAGUGGGAUAUACAUAGUGCACUACCUCAGGGAUUACAACGGCCUUUACAUCCGUACACUGACUAAUGGAGAGCUGGAGUACUUGAGGAAGAAGCUGGCCUACGAGAUAGUUGCGAUGAGAGGCAACAAGGGUGACUUCCCCGACUUCAUGUACCUGGAGAUCCUUGAGUGAAUGCUGACAGGGAAUCGUGCAACUGCGUCAACAAUCCUUUUGGUGAAGAAGUAGACCAUGAACGACCUUUUGGGAGGCAAAAAGGACUACAUCCAAGAGCCAGGCAAAUAGGCGUGCAUUUCAUCUGCCGUAGGCUGAACUACCAUACUGCUUUAAUAUCUAUUUUAUGCUGAACUAAGUACGAAGUGUGACCCCAUCGGAUCUGUGGGGGGCUACCUUAUAAAUCCAGUUCUAGUUGUACGUUGAACUUAAGUCUGUAGUGUCCGUGAACCAAUAUCGCCUGGGAGUGAACUAAUGUGUGGGCUUCUAUUAGCGUAUAUGAAAGUCCUUAAAGCGAAAACGACUACUUCCAUCUGC